AUCAUUGAGAUAUGUCAUGAUGUGGUUUUGUGACAGCAGCGCAAGUCGUAAAAAAUUACUGCUACAAAAUAGUGGUAAAGAGGAAUAAUGAGUUAAUGUUGAUGGGCAGUUUGAAGUCAGGAAUGUUGUAAAAAGCUAUUUUUCAUCGCAUUUCUAUCCUAUACCUAUAACAAUGAUCUUGAAACGCUCUUUACUCCUUGCAACACAAAUAUGAAUUAUAUCAGCUCUGCUGAUCGGGACGCCUGCGCUGAACGAGGCGCCGAUUGAUAGUGGCUGGUGGUUUUCCCGGCGUGCAGUGCGUUGCGUUGCGGCGUGGCCUCUCCCCGGUUUGUGCUCAGUCAUCGUACCCGUGUGAAAGCAGCUCAGAGCUUGGUGCAGACUCCACCGUCCCUCCCUCCCCCCCCCCCACAGUAUGAAAGACACCACGGGAAAGCACAAACCCAAGGAGCCCACCUCCGAGAAGGUGAAGGCCGCUGGCGGCCUCCCGGCCCUCGAUGUGGAGAUGAAGGACGUGUCCGCCGAGCCUGAUGGCGAGCCGGCCGACAGCGGCGAGAGAAGCCAGAAGGAGCUGGAUCUACUCACAUUGGAGGAUAUCAGAGAACAUGUCAAGCAGAUUGAGAAAGCUGUGUCAAGUAAAGAGCCACGGUUUGUGCUAAGGGCUUUGCGUGCACUUCCUUCAACCUGCCGCAGGUUGAAUCCCACCGUCCUUUACAAGGCCAUCAAUGGCUUCUUUGUGUCCAACACUUCAACGCGUGAUCUCCUGCUGGCCUUUCUCGAGGAGCCGAUGGAUACAGAAGGGGAUGUGCAGUUCCGUCCUCGGACGGGAAAGGCAGCUUCAGUUCCUCUUCUGCCUGAGGCAGAGGCUUACCUGCAGCUUUUACUAGUCAUCUACUUGACAAACAACAAACGAUACACUGAGGCACAGAAAUCCUCUGAUGACCUGAUGCAAAAGAUUGCUGCUCAGAAUCGCCGGGCUCUGGACUUGGUUGCAGCUAAAUGUUACUAUUACCAUGCUCGCGUCUAUGAGUUUCUAAACAAACUUGAUGCAGUCAGAAGCUUCUUGCAUGCACGUUUAAGGACAGCCACCUUGCGCCAUGAUCAUGAUGGACAGGCUACUUUGCUGAACCUGUUACUGAGAAAUUACCUGGUGUAUAAUUUGUAUGAUCAGGCUGAGAAACUCGUCUCUAAAUCCAUUUUCCCCGAACAAGCUAACAACAAUGAGUGGGCACGAUACCUUUAUUACACAGGUCGUAUUAAAGCAAUUCAGUUGGAAUAUUCAGAGGCACGAAGAACAUUAACCAAUGCUCUACGAAAAGCUCCACAGCAUACUGCAGUUGGCUUCAAGCAAACAGUUCAUAAGUUGCUGAUUGUUGUGGAGUUACUCUUGGGUGAGAUUCCGGACAGGCUACAGUUCCGACAACCAUCACUCAAGAGGUCCCUGAUGCCAUACUUCCUGCUCACUCAGGCUGUGCGCACUGGGAACUUGGCAAAGUUUAACCAGGUGUUAGAGCAGUUUGGAGAGAAAUUUCAGACUGAUGGCACCUACACACUGAUCAUCCGCCUGCGACACAACGUCAUCAAAACAGGUGUAAGGAUGAUUAGCUUAUCUUACUCCCGCAUCUCUCUCUCUGACAUUGCACAGAAGCUCCAGCUGGACAGCCCUGAGGAUGCGGAGUUUAUAGUUGCCAAGGCAAUUCGUGAUGGAGUGAUUGAAGCCAGUAUUAACCAUGAAAGAGGAUACGUACAGUCUAAAGAGACGAUCGAUAUUUAUGGUACAAGGGAACCUCAGCUGGCCUUCCACCAGAGAAUCUCUUUCUGUCUGGAUAUCCACAACAUGUCUGUCAAAGCAAUGCGAUUUCCACCGAAGUCAUACAACAAAGACCUGGAGUCAGCAGAGGAGAGGCGAGAACGGGAGCAGCAAGAUCUGGAAUUUGCUAAAGAAAUGGCAGAGGAUGAUGAUGAUGGAUUCCCGUAAGGCUGUGCGGGAUAUUAGUUCUGAAAACAGUCGAAGUAACUACCAACAGUAAUGAUAAAUAAAGCAAGAAACAUGGAAUCUCUUUAGAUUCAAGUCUGUUAGCAUGCUUGAGAAUGGGAUUAUUGUACUGACCUGAGAAUGGGAUUAUUGUACUGACCUGUCCAGGUCUUGAUAUAUGUCUACCUGAUUUUAUUUCUCUCUUAUCAUGGUUGUUUUCCUAGGAAUAGCUACUGAUUGUCCCUUUAUACCUUGUAAACAAUUACUCAUGAGAAGUAUAUGAUCAAUAAAAACUAAUCAUGGACCUAUACUUAAACUUGUGUGUAGACUACUGAAACUACAAAAAAAAUUAAGUCCCAAUUUUCACUGGACAAACAAAUCUAGAGGCCUGAACUGCUGAUCCAGAUGUCUGUUCAAGUCCCAUCAGUCCAGGUAGAAUACUUAAAUUAAGUUAAUUUAAUUAAAUAAAUCUGGAAUUAAUAAAUAAGGAUCAGUCAUCAUGAUCCUGGAGACAUCUGAUGUAUUGUUUAAAAUCUGUUCUGAUUCAUUGAUGCCUUUUAAGGAAGCAAAUCUACUGACCUUGUCUUUGUGAUGGACUCCAGACUCUUGAGUUAACUUUUAACUGCCUUUGAAUGGGAUAGACAAACAAUUGAGUUCAAUUAAAUAAAUACUAGCUUUGCAAACAGCACCCACUUUUUAAAAAAUCAACCUUAUUCAGUUAUAUGCACUGGAGACAUCAGAAGAGCAUUCUUGUAUGCGCUGUUGCUCCUCUCUCACCAGAACCCGCUACCUGAGUCAUUUCAUUCACAGAGGAAAUGCCUUUUUGCAGAAGGCAGCGAAUUUUCUAAAUUUGUGCCUUCUGUGAUGUCAAAGAGAAGAAAGCCUAUUAGCAGCAGCCUACAAGUUAGGAGGGCCCAUAGUUCAGUCCCCACUGAAUAAAUCUCAGCUGAAGCUGGAGGUCAGGUCAAAGUUAAUGACAUGAGGAUCUCUGGAGUCCAAAUCAUUAUCUAGUAAUUAUUGUGCUCAUUACUGAGUUGGCUUGGUCUUGGUUACUUCAGUUCAGAACUGGACAUGAAUACCCAACCACUGAAUGGAUGAUUCCAGUCUCCUCUCCAGAGAUGCUGCAUGGCUUGCUGAGUUCCUCUGGCACAUUGUGUGUGAGUCCAUAAUGACUUUGACCUGGAUCAGUGUUUCUCCUUCAAAAAUAAAUUAUAUUAAUGUCUGUAUAUGUAUGUGUGUGUGUGUGUGUAUAUAUACACACACACACACACACACAAAGAAAAGUGCCUGGUUUUCUUUACAUCCAUAGUGUUCAAUCUGUACAUUCACAUUGUCGUUCAACCCAUAUAUUUGUUGUGUUAGCAUGUUCUGCAAUCAAGGCCUUUUUGGGCGAUACAAAUUCCAAGUGUUUGGGGCUUGGAGACAGGAUCCAGCCACUCAGUGGCAGCGGGAUGUUAGACUGCAGUCCUUCCCACAUUGGAUGGAUAACCAUGCUUCAAUGUAUCUCUUAGCAUGUACUCCUUGCAAUGUGCCAGGCUGCAGCAUUCCCUUCUGGGCAUCAGGCAAAAAACAUGAAGCCAGCAGGGUUUCAGACAUAUCAUUAAGUGCGUUUAAGGCAAUUUGCAGAUCAGAGUGGGUCAACAGUGAUUCUUCCGACUUUCUUCUUAAGAAAGACCAGAUGUGAAUCUGCUGAUUUGCUAUCAGCACACAAUGAACAAAGAGUUUUCUUGUUCUGUAUUAUAAACCUAUUGGACUGAAGGGCUGCUUAAUAUGUGCAAUAAUGUAAAAUGGUUUCAGACAUAUUUCAUGCCAUAUUUCAGACCUCUCCCUGUUGCUUCUCUCUCCACACACCCACUCCCUGAAUUUCUUCUUUCACAGAGUCGUUCAACCAAGGUUUUGCAGGUAAUGGAUCUCUGGACUUCUCAGCUCUAAAGGGAGUGGAGCCUAGAUUGCUGGAAGUAUCUAGAGGAGGUGGAUAUACUUUUUGAGGGAAAUUUGGGGUUAUAGGGAUCAACCACAGAAGUGGAGUUGAGGCCUGAGUAGAUCACUCAUGGAUAUACUGAAUGGUGAGGCAGGUUGUAGAUGUUAGAUAGCCCACUCCUGUGUUUUAUUUUUGUAGUGCCUUUAACCUCCAGAGAGUUCCCCUUCUGUAGACCAACCUGGAACUGCUAUAGAGCAGGGUGCAAGGCAGAAAUUCUAGAGGAUUGUCUUUGUUCUCAGUUGGACUCUGACUCUAGAAAAAGUGAGCUGUCUAUAGCCCGGGAUGAGACUGGGUCUGUAAGGUAAAGCCCCAUACACAGACCAGGAGAUCAGUCAUUACAUUGUUGACAUGGACACAGUACUGUGCAAAAAGAAACUGGUGUGUAUUUAAAUAAUACUGAAUAUCCCAAAUGUUUCUGCAGUGGACUUUUGAACUGUAAGGUACAGUAUAUCUGUGUUGUCUUUCUGCAACAAGUUUUUUAGCUGUAAAUCUAAGAUAAUUUCACCCCUUUGUUAUUCUCAUUCCUAAUUUAUUAAAUCUCAUUGUAGAUAUAACUAAGUUUUUAGCAACACAUAAUUAUCCUUGAACAAUUUUGCUCACCUUAAAAUCUAAUGUUAUAAAUGCAUGGUGUCAUCCCAUCAGAAUAAUAUUGAAAAUGACUUAAAAUGUCAUAUUAAUAUUUUUAAAAAUUGUUUUAAAAGUUAUCUGAAUCUCAAAGUAAAAUUUAUUAUAGAAGUA